CGAUACCGUUGCCGAACUACCUACGCAGCGCACUUAAUUCUUCGUUUCGCCGCCCUUAAAGGUCGCGGUUAUUCCCGGAGUUAAGUAGGCCCUGCCCGGUUAUUGACGGAUCGAGUUGGCGGGUGUUUUCCGCGUGCAGUGACGCUGUAGCGUUUGCCGCGAAUCGCGUAACUUGCGGUCGAUCGACCGAUGGGAAAAUUCCGCGAGGUAUUGCUCGAUCUACAGAGGAGUUCUCCGGCUCAGCCCUGGGGGUUCAGUUUGGUGGGCGGCGCCGACGUCAAAACUCCUCUGAUUGUCACGAAGGUCGCAUUCGGCUCGCCCACGCAGGGCGUUCUGCAACGUGGGGACGUUAUUUCGAAAAUCGGAAACUAUGACUCGAGGGACAUCCGCCACCAGGACGCCCAAACCUUGUUCAAAAACGCCGGAAAUAACAUCCGAGUGGUAGUGCAGCGAGAAGUGACUCCCAGGCACAACGCGAGCACGGGAUCUUCACGCGCCAGUUCCCAUUACAGCCCUUUGUCGGUAUCGCCCAAUCUAUCACCCAAGGGUUCCAAUUUUAGCCCGUCGGGCUAUAGUCCGGCGGGAUCCGCUCUGACGCCGGUGUACACGUCAGCGCUGACGCCAAUCGACAACAACUACUUUGAUGUCUACGAUUACGGAUCACAGAAAAAAAACCAAGAGGAAGAGGAUAUCCAUCUUACCAGACAGCCAUAUCGUACGACUCCGUUGGUGUUACCCGGCGCCAAAGUGAAAAGGGAAGCCGGUCCGACUGAGAGCUACCUACGUCAUCAUCCCAAUCCAUCAGUCAGGGCGCCUCCACACCAUUUAGAUCCGAAUCAUGUAGUCCGACAAAAGGUGGCCAAUUCGGUGUUAGACAGAAUAUCAACGGGCGAUCCGAACAAACAGCUCGUACACAAACAGUUCAACUCGCCGAUAAACUUGUACAGCGAACCCAACGUCGUCGAAACGAUCCAUAAACAGACGGGAGUCAAUCCUUCGGUCAAGCGGCAUGUCAAAUUCAACCCUGCAGAAAGCGAGACGUUCAAGGCCCUCCAGGAGGAGGAACUGGGUGGUCCCGUCCACGAGGUGGCCACUCCACCACAAAGUAAAAUUUACGCCCCUACAAAGAAACCAACCCAGGUAGUGAACCAGAAUCCUCAAUAUCUGAACGCUAUAGGAAACGAUCCGGAUGUGAUCCAGCAAAGCGGUUCCUUCAGGAGGCUGAUGAUGAGCGUUCUUCCAGGAUCCAAUUAUUAAUUUUUACGCUUUUGUCCAAAAAAGAAAACAUAAAUCCAUGGAACGACUAUAAAAAUCGCUAAUCGUUCAAAAUUUUGCGUCUUUGAAAUUUUAUGUCAACGUGAGCACGUGGAGCCAUUUAAGAGUCAGUUUUUCUUUAUGCGCGCGUAAUUUUGGAGACGUACAAUUUUCACGAAAAUUAUCUUUUUUUCCCGCGAAUUUCGCAAAUGAUGUUUUAUUACGUUACGAGAAAUUUAUGUUUUGUAGUCAUCGUUGCGUUUCUGUUCUUUAUUUAUUUUCGGGUUUCAAUGAACGAGUGUACUCUAGUCAAAAGUUGCGUCUAGUUUCGUAUCUAUAUUUUUUUAAUCCUAGUUGUUUGCGCAGUUAUUCUAAAUUACGUGUAAGUCAUAUUAUAUAUAGCCAUAGGCGUACGUAUAUCUUUCAAUUUUUGAAGUUUAACUUUAUCCUAUAUUAAACUAGUUUAUGUUAUAUAGACUUACUCAGAAAAAACUCGGGAUUGUUUACCGUAAAUAUUAUAUAUUGCAAAUAAAGAGGCACAUAUUUAUUUAAAAA